CAUGAAACUAAUACUGGCAGUUUUUUAAAAACUUAAAACAAAAGAAGAAAUGAAAAAAGAAGAAGAAAGAGAAUAUCAGUCUGGAGCCGACAGACGCGAGCUCACCUUCACGCCAAGAAACACGCGUGCAUGCAGCCGCAACCGUGACCCAAAUCCACCGGACGUAAUCCUAUCUGACUGACAGUUCACGGAGUUCCUGCUCAGUGACUUCAGUACCAGAGAAUCUACAUUCCCCACGGAUUUCAAGCUGGAUUCCUAAGACUCCGGGGGAUUCUAAACCCCUCAUUCUAACUACACCCGAUGUUAUCCCCUAUCUGCCCUGGAUGGACUGGCGGCCUGUCCAGGGUGUCCCCUGCCUUCGCCUUAUGUCAGCUGGGAUCGGCUCCAGCGCCCCGCGACCCAAAUGAGGCAUAGAAAAGUUUCUGGAUUAGGGCAGAAUUGACACAAAGCAGCGACGCCACUCCAGCGACACAACUCGCGAGGAGCAGCAGCGCAGCGGAGAGAGAGAGAGAGAGGGAGAGAGAGAGAGAGAAAGAGAGAAAGAGGGGGACACCGAGACACUCGAGCGGACGCCACCUCGGAGAGACGGAGACGGAGAGAGAGGCUGGAGAUCUUUGCCGACGAGUCCCUGAAGGAUGGCAGAGAAGCAGUGCGCCGGCACCCUGAACGGAGCAGUUCCAGGAGAGCCCGGGAAGAAGGAUGAAAACUCCCGGAGAGGGAACUGGGGCAACCAGAUUGAGUUUAUCCUCACCAGCGUGGGCUACGCCGUGGGCCUGGGCAACGUCUGGAGGUUUCCCUACCUCUGCUACAGGAACGGAGGAGGUGCCUUCAUGUUGCCGUACUUCAUCAUGCUGGUGUUCUGCGGCAUUCCUCUCUUCUUCCUCGAGCUGUCCUUCGGUCAGUUCGCCAGCCUGGGGUGUCUUGGAGUGUGGAAGAUCAGCCCCAUAUUCAAAGGCGUGGGCUACGGCAUGAUGGUGGUGUCCACCUACAUCGGGAUCUACUACAACGUGGUCAUCUGCAUCUCCUUCUACUACUUCUUCAUGUCCAUGACCAACCUGCUGCCGUGGACCUACUGCAACAACCCCUGGAACACGCCGGACUGCAGCGGCGUGUUGGGCGGCCGCUACCAGCUCAACGCCAGCCUGGCCAACGCCACCACGAGCCUGGUGACCGGGCUGGCCAAGGUGGUCAACCGCACCAAGAGGACCAGCCCCAGUGAGGAGUACUGGAAACACUACGUGUUGAACAUCUCCGAUGACAUCGGGAACUUUGGAGAGGUCCGUCUCCCUCUCCUCGGUUGCCUGGCUGUGUCCUGGUUUGUCGUCUUCCUCUGUCUCAUCAAGGGCGUUAAAUCCUCUGGAAAGGUGGUGUACUUCACAGCCACAUUCCCCUACGUCGUUCUGACCAUCCUGUUCAUCCGCGGCAUCACCCUGGACGGAGCCAUCAACGGCAUCAAGUACUACCUGACGCCGCAGUGGCAGAAGGUCCUCGAUGCGAAGGUGUGGGGCGAUGCGGCGUCACAGAUCUUCUACUCCCUGGGCUGUGCUUGGGGUGGUCUCAUCACCAUGGCCUCCUACAACAAGUUCCACAACAACUGUUUCAGAGACAGCAUCAUCAUCAGCAUUACCAACUGUGCGACCAGCGUGUACGCCGGCUUCGUCAUUUUCUCCAUCCUGGGCUUCAUGGCGCACAACCUGGACGUGCCCGUGUCGGAGGUGGCCGACCACGGCCCCGGCCUGGCCUUCGUGGCCUACCCAGAGGCCCUCACGCUGCUGCCCAUCUCGCCACUCUGGUCACUGCUGUUCUUCUUCAUGCUCAUUCUGCUGGGACUGGGGACUCAGUUCUGUCUGCUGGAGACGCUGGUGACGGCUGUCGUCGACGAGAUCGGGACGGACUGGAUCAUCCGAAACAAGACCGUCGUCACGCUGUCCGUGGCCAUAAUCGGAUUCCUACUGGGCAUCCCGCUAACCACGCAGGCGGGAAUUUAUUGGCUGAUGCUGAUGGACAACUACGCCGCCAGCUUCUCAUUGGUCGUCGUCUCCUGCAUCAUGUGCAUCUGCAUCAUGUAUGUCUAUGGCUACCAACAAUACUUUAAAGACGUGGAGAUGAUGCUGGGCUUCCCUCCUCCCCUCUUCUUCAAAGUCUGCUGGAGGUUCAUCUCCCCCAUCAUCAUCUCUUUCAUCCUGAUCUUCACGGUGAUCCAGUACAAGCCCAUCACCUACAACGACUACGUGUACCCCGGCUGGUCUCUGGGCAUCGGCUUCGCCAUGUCCAUGUCCUCCGUGCUCUGCAUACCCGUCUACGCCCUCUACAAGGUCUCAAGGUCCCCCGGGGCCACCUUCAGAGAGCGGUUGAAGUUCGCCUGCAAGCCCCACCCGUCGUGGGGCCCCGCCCUGCAGGAGCACCGGAUAGGCCGCUACGCCCCCCUGGCCUCCGAGGACACGGUGGAGGCUCAUCCCCUCAGGGAGAAGGAGGAGCUGAAGGAGGAGGAGGAGGAGAAGGAGAGGAGGGAUGAGAUCAGCCUCACCAUCCAGGAGAGCAACGGCUCCACCAACACACACAACAGCCCCAACGCCAGCGCAUAGACGGCACCGCGCCACCGGGCACUUGAAUACCCCCCCCCCCCCUUCCGUGGCCCCCACCAUCUCCUCCCUCUCUUCUUCCCUUCUCCUCCAUCCUCAACCCACUUUCCCACAGUCCUCUGUGGGGGAGAUCCCAUUCGCUGGAGACCUUUACAUAUUGUAAGGGCUUAUUAUCUCUAUCCUAACCUCGUCUGUCCAUCUAUCUGCGUGUUGUCUCUAGAUAAGAAAAGAAAAGAGAAAGGAAGACGGGAAAAGAGAAAAUUGGGGUUGUCAUCCUGAAGGUGUUGCGUGUCUGUCGGCGUGGGCGUGGCUUGUUCAUUUGUUCCACAUAAUUAAAUCAUGCAGGUUGUUUUUUUCCUUUUUUCUUUUCUUUUUUUUGGGGGGUAAAACUUGUACACGUCAUCUCCACAGGCAGUUAGAGGUCCAGUAGACUGUGAGGCUGCAUGCAGCACCACACACACACACACACACACACAUACACACACACACACACACACACACUCUCUCCUGUAUACUCUAGUGGGAUCGGGACUUUUUAGCAGCAGGGAUUUGACAGCUGGAGACUUGGGACGCGAUAUAUAUAAAUAUAUAUAUAUAUAAAUAUAUAUAUAUAUAUAUAUAUAUAUAUAUAAAUAUUAGUGCUGUGAAAAAUAACGCGUUAACUCAGUUAAUUAAAUUACAGGAUUAAUUAGUUUUGGGGUUUUUUACGCAUUUAACGCAUGCGCAGAAUGAGCUUCCAAUCCGUCUGUUGUUGGUCGUCUCGAACCAGCAGCGUGUCAUUCUGUCUCUACGUGUCGCGUUAACACAACUCCGAUCUCCGUCUCGCGCGCCGCAGAGCUCGGAUGCCGGGACGAAAAAAAGUCACUUGCACCCCCCCCCGUCAAAAACUCUUCUCGGCUCGCGCGAGGCAGAGCUCCGAUGCUGGCGCGCGCACUGGUGAGCAAGUUAUGUGCCCCCCUGUGUAUAAAUGUAUAUAUGUGAUUAAUCAUGAUUAAUCCACAGAAACCUGUGAUUAACCUGAUUAAAAAUGUUAAUCGUUUCACAGCCCUAAUAAAUAUAUAUAUAUAUACAGUAGUGCUGUGCUAAAGAAUUAUGAUAAUAAAAUGCCAUUUAACAGUUCGAUGGCGCUUGAAGAUGUAAACGGCUCCUGGGGGCCACAGGCGUCACACUCAGCCACUAGUGUACGUUCUACAGCACACACAGGGACCUCAGCCGUAGUCGAUCGCAGCUUAAUUACUAAGCCUGAUCUUGUUGUUGUUUUUAUGCUGCGUCUUCUUUUUCUAAAAACGAAAACAAGUUUUGCCACAACACGCACACGCACACACUUGACACCCAAGAUGGCCGACUGAGCCCCUUUUUGUUUUGAUUGACAUCUUUUUUCCCCGUGGAGAUGAACCUCCACUCGUAACAAUUAAAGCUGCUGGAAGUUUGAAAAGCUCGGCAGAGAAACGUCAGUUAACUGGAAACGGUGCUGAGGUCUCUGCCUCCGCACACACACACACACACACACAAACACACACACACACACACACAGUUUUUCCAGUUGUCCGACGGAAUAGACCCCGGUGCCCAUUUCUCAGGGUCCAAGUUAAACUUGUUGUUCCUUGCCUGAAACCUUGUCUCAACUAAGGCGGCCUUUCCGAACCCCCCUCCCCCCCUAACUGUCCACCUCCUCACCCACCCCACACGUGUCCACAAGACGGGUGGAUGCGUCUCCGCAUGUAGAAGUGCCAUCCCUCCUUAAGUCUUCCAGGCAUUUCUUGGUGAGCGAAGUGCAUGUUGGGAUGCGGCCGAUGAAGGAGGAGCCGGUGGCGGUUGACCGUGGCCCCGUUACCAAAAACAUGACCCGCGUUACCCGAGUCCCGCGCAUGUUUCUGGUAACAUAUCCCCGUGUGUGUAUGUAUGCGUCGCUGUAUACACGGCAUCUAGCGCGGAGCUUCUCGAGUGAGCGAUGUAGAUUUAAAUGUAGCGGUAUAGUAUCGGCCUCUCGGUAGAGUUCUCCUUUUUACCUCUCAUUAUUGUAAGUAACUUAGUAAAUAAUGAUAAAAGACAGCAUAUGUUUAUUUUGUAAAAAAGAAAAAGUAAUAAAAAAAACUUACAGAUUCACAAUUAACCACGUUUACUCUUCCUCAUCCGUGACUGGGAGGGCGAGACGGAACGGAGAGGGGCCUGUCCCCUCGACCAUGCAAGGGGGCGGGGUCUCCUAAAACAAUAAUAAUAAUACUAGUACUUAUAAUAAAGGGUCCGACUAGAAAGCCAAGCGUCCGGGACCACGUCGUCGUGGUGCGGUCUGAACACUGAACUCUACCCGAAGGGAGAUGCCUUCAGCCUCACAUGGGGGCGGGGCUCCGGGUGGCAUCAGGUCUGGCUGCAGUGUUUCUUCACGUCGAAGGGGUUCGGCCAAAAGACCGGCGUGAGCAGCGGAUAUCCAAGAUAUCGUAUUCCGCAAUAUUGCAUGGAGAGAGCCUUAAAGGGGCAGUUUGAUGUUUUGUGAAACGCUCUCAUUUCUCAUUGGCCGAGAGCCUUCGAUAGCCUUGCUACCUGCUUAGCUUAGCAUGAAGUCUGGAGACUGGGUGGUGGGACAGACCCCUCCCCCCCUCUGAUGCUCGUUAACACCUUUUAUUUCGUUUGUUUAAUACGCACAAAAAACUAAUUUGUCGUAUUGGCGCUUUUGGAUGAAUCAAACAAACAGUUAAUGAGCUGUUUACCCAUUGGACAGAGCCCGGCUAGCUCUUAGUAGCGAUGCUAAGCUAACCAGCUGCUUCAUAUUUAGCAUCCAGACAUGCGAGCAAAUCAAUCCAUCUAUCCAACGCUCAGGAAAAGAACUAAGCACACGUCCCAAAAGUGGUGAACGGUCCUUGUAAGGACGUCAUCGAUGUUCACGCUCGUCAGGUUUUUAGUUUCAACCACUUUCUUAAAUAUUGAAGCGCGGCUCAGGAGGAGAGUGGUCUCACCAUGAAGGCGCAGUGGCGCCACUCCACCACAAGAUGGGGUGGUGCUGACACUCGGGGGGCCGCGAAGGCCCAACUCAGAGCCCGAUGGAGGAAGCAACAAUAACAGAGGUCAACGCAAAGGACAGGGAGCUGAAACAUAGUGAGAAUAAUCAUAAACACAGGGGGAUGAAGCAUAGUGAGAAUAACCAUAAGCACAGGAGCUGAAGCAUAGUGAGAAUAAUCAUAAGCAUAGUGAGAAUAAUCAUAAGCACAGGAGCUGAAGCAUAGUGAGAAUAAUCAUAAGCAUAGUGAGAAUAAUAAGCAGAGGGGGAUGAAGCAUAGUGAGAAUAAUCACAAACGGGGAUCAUUCUGGAACAACGUUUCUUUUAGUAAACGGAGGUUAUAGAAACGCGGCUCUUCACACCAGCGGAGAAUUGUAGCUUUGGUUUGGAUCCGUUGUGACUUUCCGGUUUUUGGUUCACUCGUUAAAAAAAAAAAAUAUUCUCACCACACAUUGUAUUUUGUAAUUAUUUUUUUAAUCAAAUUAAUGCAAAAAAAACAAAACCAGGUGCUCUUUGAAACGAUUCAUGCUAUCGCCUCGCGUCCUUCCGAGCGGGAAAGCUCCCGAGGCGCGCCGCGCUUCUUCUGAACAAGGUUUCAUUUGCCCGAGGAAGAGAGAGAGAGACGAAAGGUGAACAUGGAGUUAAUAUCCUCCGUGCAUGUUGAGGUCGGCUCGUAGCUCGGGUCGUUUCCUGUGUGCGGUCGCCUGUCUCGUGUUUCCGUGCUGUAGCUUAGCCGCCGCCGCGCUUUCUCUCCGCGUGUCCCGACCCUCGCCAUCUGCUGGCCCCCUCGACUCCUCCUCCCUUUGUACAGUAAUGUAAAAAAAAUAUAAAAUCGGACUGUGCGUAUGUGCGUGUUUUAUCUUCCGGGGGGCGGGGUUAACAUGUGUUUGGUUUUCUUGCGGGUAUUGUUUCUUUUUCGGGGGGAGGGGCGGGGGAGAUUUUGUCAUUUUUCUCGUAGUGUAAUGUAGACGACGUUGUGUGUAUUGUUGUGUACUUUGUGUAGCGGAGUAGCUCUUGCUGCCUGCAUGAAGAGCAGCUGUAGUGUCAGUAUUGAUGUCAGUGUACCUCUAACAUGUCACUGCUAGCCGAGUCCUAUUCCGCUAACCACAUGUAGUCUUAUCUUUUUAAGAAAGGAGGAAAAAAAACAAUUUUGUACUAAAAGAAGAGAAAGAAAAACUACAUAUUUUAUCUUCAGAAUUUAAUUAUUGUUUGUGGUAAAUGGACCUGUUCUUGUACAGCGCUUGUUCUCGUCUCCCGACUGCUCAAAGCGCUCUAACACUAUAUGACAUCAUUCACCCAUUCACACUCAUUCAUACGCUGAUGGGAGGGGCUACGGUUACACCUGCCAAUCAGGACUAACUAACAUCCACACACCGUGGGCACAGCUACGGGAGACAUGUUUGGGGUUAAGUGUCUUGCUCAAGGACACAUCGACAUGGACUAGCUGAGCCGGGUAUCAAACCGACGACCCUCUAACCCACAGUCACCCGAUGUUAAAUGACACAAUUUUAUUUUUAUUUUUUUUGCUUUUUAAGAUAACGCCAGCUCACGUGAAAAAAUAAAAUCACAAAAUGAAACUGCAAAAAGAAUGGUUCGCCCCCGGUGUAGAUGGCAGCUGCAGCUACAUAGCGGUGUUUAGUUUUUUUACACAGUACAAGAUGGACUUAAAGGGCCAGUGUGUAGCAUUUCGGAGGAUUUACCAGCAGCAAAUGGAAUGACAUAUUAAUGUUCUUCACGCAGAAGUUUCAAUUAGUCGCCAUCUGCAACCUGACCUCUAGGGGCCGCCAAAUCCUACACACUGGCCCUUUAAAGCUAUGUAUUGCACUGUGCAGUGCCAACAGUUGUACAUCGCCGUUUACCUUUUAAUAUUCUGUGGCCCUUAACCCAAACAAGUGAUUUUUUUCCUAUUAGUGUUUAAAAAAAAUAACAUUUGCAAAAAAUCAAAACGCCAAAAUCCCUCCGCCAACACGACCGGAUUAGCAUCUGGACCCAUUAACUCACAUGUUCCCUCUAAUGCAUAAUCUCAACAAUGUAAAGGCAAUGAUGACAUAUGUAUCGGAUAAGGGCCCAGUUGCUUUUAUAUUGAGAUGUAUCUCGUCGGUAAAGUAAACCUUCAAUUAUCUGGCUACCUGAGACUAUUUAUGUCCUCUGGAGAAACCUAGAAUAAAAAACCCAGCAGAGAAUAAACUGAUCCUCUCUUCUCAUCACGCUGAAGUGGCCGUGCAGAAAGUCACUCAUGUUGAACAACGGAAAUUACCGUGAAGCUUCGGACUUUUGUCCGACGUAAAGUUCAGCGCGCAAACCGCUCUGCCCACCUGGAACUGAAACUGUGAUUAUACCUUUGUGUCUGUGGUUCUCUGUAAGAACAUUACCUCUUGGAUUUCGUGCUACCGCUCAUAUAAGCGUACUCUUGUGUCUCAGCACUUUAGGGAAAUCAUUUUGUUGUUUCUUUGUUUAAAAAGAAAAGAAGAAAAAAAACAUGCAAUGUGGGAGGAAAAAAAUUAUAAUUAGAAUGAUAAUUCACACGUCCAUAAUAGGAAAGAAGAGAAAGAAAAUGAGUACGGUAAAAUAAUGUCUCGUUUUCAGUGGAGGUCCAAGAGUCGGGGGGGACAAAAAUGCUGUGUUGUUGCUAUGCCAAUGUCAACUUGUUUCAUGGGAGGAGAGAGGAGUAAAAAAAUAAAAAAUAAGCACAAGCGAGAAAAGAGAAAACAGUCCUUCUGGUAUCCUCGAUCAUAUCUUAUAAUAUCUAUCUAACCACGUCUGUUCUUCUUGUUCUUCAACCUUUAGGGCCAAAAUCCAUUGAAAUGUCUUAGUCCUGUCAGCUGUAUAUUGUAAACUGUUGAAUUACAAAAAUGGUAAAUAAAAUCUAUUUUAAAGAUCA